GGAAGUGGCCGACCCCGAGCGAGAGCCCGGUCCUGCGCGGUCCCUGGCUGUUCUGAGAGGUAGUCUCCGGGCGGCAGGGUCCGGCUGGGAGAGAGCGUCCGGGCGGGGGCUGCACACUGACGAGCGCGGCGCGGAGCGAGACCUGGUGACGAUGGCGGGGCCGCUGGCGCUGCAGCUGGAACAGUUGUUGAACCCGCGCCCGCGCGAGGCAGAUCCUGAGGCCGACCCAGAGGAGGCCACUGCUGCCAGAGUGAUUGACAGGUUUGAUGAAGGGGAAGAUGGGGAAGGUCAUUUCCUGGCUGUGGGUAGCAUUAGAAAACUGGCAUCAGCCUCCCUCUUGGACACAGACAAAAGGUAUUCUGGCAAGGCUACCUCUAGAAAAGCUUGGAAGGAGGACCAUUGGGAGCAGACUCUGCCAGGUUCAUCUGGUGAGUAG